AUGAUCCUGAUCAUGAUCGCAAUCUGCCUUGCGGUGUUCUGUAUGUGCCUGGAUAUGACCAUUAUUUCGACAGCGAUACCGAGGAUUACAGACGACUUUCGUGCUCUGGAUGAUGUUGGGUGGUAUGCCAGCUCGUACAUGUUGACCUUGAGCGCAUUCCAGCUGUUUUAUGGAAAGCUGUACACUUUCUUCAGUGUCAAGUGGAUCUUCCUCAUGGCGAUAUCUUGGUUCGAGAUUGGUAAGUGGAGCGACAAUGCCAGCUUCAUUCUUCGUGUGCUGACCAUGGCUCCGAUGCAAGGCUCGGCGAUAUGUGGUGCUGCACCCAACUCGACAGCGCUCAUCGUGGGCCGUGCCAUAGCUGGUUUCGGGUCAGCUGGCAUCUUCUCAGGUGCGCUUCUGAUCAUCGCCAACAGUGCUCCUCUCCAGAAAAGACCAGUGUAUAUUGGGAUCUGUGGUGCAAUGUAUGGCAUUGCCUCUGUGGCCGGACCACUGAUGGGCGGAGCUUUCACAGACAAGCUCUCCUGGCGCUGGUUCUUCUACAUCAAUUUGCCGAUUGGCGCAGUGACGAUCGCCUUCAUCAUUUUCCUGUACCAAGAGACAGAUCGUCAUCGUGCGCAGAAACUGCAGUCGGGGUGGAAAGCAAGGGUCAAGCAGUUCGAUCUGGAAGGCUUGGCCGUAUUCUUGCCCAUGAUAAUCUGCCUGCUUCUCGCGUUACAAUGGGGUGGAUCCACAUACGCGUGGUCUGAUGGUCGCAUCAUCGCGCUGUGGGUUCUCUUUGGCUUGACACUUUUCGUCUUCGUCGGCAUACAGCGAUGGAAGAAGGACAAUGCGACGGUACCGAUCCGAGUCCUGGAGCAGAGAUCAAUUGCUGCGGCAGCCUGGUUCGCCCUGACUUUGGGAGCUGCUUUCUUCUCGCUGACUUACUACAUCCCUAUCUGGUUCCAGGCUAUCACAGGAGCCUCACCAGUCAAGUCGGGUAUCAUGAAUAUUCCGAUGGUCCUUUCCGUGGUCAUCUCCUCUACGCCAACUGGUGUCAUAGUGUCAUUGAUAGGCUACUACACGCCAUUCGCCAUAUUGUCAUCUGUGAUGAUGGCGAUCGGCACUGGCUUACUGACCACCUUCACCACAAGCACCGGCGCCGGCCAAUGGAUAGGCUACCAAAUCAUCGCCGGUCUCGGAGUCGGCUUCGGUUUCCAGCAAACCAUGUUGGCGGCUCAGACAUGCCUUCCCAAGGAGGAUGUACCCAUAGGGACCGCGAUCGUGAUCUUCUUUCAGACUUUGGGCGGAGCUCUCUUCGUCUCCGUGUCCCAGAACGUCUUCGCCAACAGGCUGGUAUCUGGGCUGGGCCAAGUCGUGCCAGAGCUGGAUCCUCGCGUUGUGCUUGAAAGCGGCGCGACCACCCUCGGUGAUGUCAUACCAGAGACUUUUCUUGAGGCCGUGAAGGGUGUUUACAAUGACGCGUUGGUCGGAACAUUCUAUGUGGCGACCGCGUUGAGCGCGUUGUCGAUUUUCGGUUCAGCAGCGCUGGAGUGGAAGAGUGUUAGGGGUCAGGAAGUCCAGAUGGCGGCGAUGGGUUGA